AGUGUCAAAAAAAACAGAUAGCUGCACAAGGUCUUACUAUUCGUCACGUGUUGCAGUUUGCUAGAUUAUUUAAGAAAAUCAUUUUAGAAAUGCCGCCUUUUUCCACCUGUUCUUUGUGCAACGUAAGAACCAGGAAGAUGGCAAAGGAUCCUGUGACCUUAAAGCUAAUCUACGUGUGUCCAAUAUGCUUUAAGAGCACGUUUCAGGAAAAAAAACAGCUAAUUAAAGCUGAGAAUCUUAAAAAGAACGGAGUUGCCAAACAGCCGAAAAUGAAAAGGAUCACGUGCCAGGAUAAAAGCGAAAGGAUAGCAAAGAAAGCAGUUGAUCAAUGUGUGGAAACUGAGAAGAAGGAAAAGAAAAUGCGCCCUCUCAAAAGCUACAAUCCACGUGCAAUUGAUCCACCUAAGGUGCAUCGUAUGCCGACUAUCACACCUUUACUCAUGCAAACUGUGAUAAUUAAGAAUCGGAAGUAUGUGGCCAUUAGUGAGACAGCCGACAACGAGUGAUAUGUACUUGGCCUGAUUUUUCAGUUUUAUAAGGCAGCGACUGGUAUCUAAUUAAACUAGUUUCGACAUAUGCUCAUUGCCAUCUAUUGAAGCGCUUAAUAAAAAGCACAAAACG